AUGGCGGACAACGGAAUUUCUAUCGCCGGGAAUGAUGGUAUUGAAGUUUUAGAUGAGAAGGGUUCCACCAGCAUCAAGGUACAAGCGAUGCAAUUCUCUUAUGAAAGUGAUUCACCUCUUUUUGUCGAGUUUAAUCUCCAGGUUGGCUCUGGAUCUCGAUGUCUUCUUGUUGGCGCCAACGGAUCUGGGAAGACGACUUUGCUGAAAAUUUUGGCCGGAAAACAUAUGGUUGGAGGAAGAGAUGUUGUCCAGGUUCUAAAUGGUUCAGCUUUUCAUGAUACUCAACUCGUCUGUAGUGGUGACUUGGCCUACUUGGGAGGAUCUUGGAGUAGAACCAUUAGCUGUGCGGGAGAGGUUGCAUUACAGGGAGAUUUUUCUGCCGAGCAUAUGAUAUUUGGAGUUGAAGGGACGGAUCCUGAAAGGAGAGAUAGGUUAAUUGACCUCCUUGAUAUAGAUCUUCGGUGGCGAAUGCAUAAGGUAUCUGAUGGGCAACGUCGUAGGGUGCAAAUCUGCAUGGGCCUGUUACAUCCUUUCAAGGUUCUCUUAUUGGAUGAGGUCACAGUUGACCUUGAUGUCGUCGCAAGGAUGGACCUUCUGGAUUUCUUGAAGGAAGAGUGUGAUCAGAGGGGAGCUACAAUUGUAUAUGCAACUCACAUAUUUGAUGGACUGGAGACAUGGGCAACUCAUCUAGCAUACAUUCAAGAUGGUGAGCUAAGAAAGUCAGAGAAGUUAUCCAAAGUUGAAGAGUUGAAAACUUGUGCAAAUUUGCUAUCUGUGGUUGAGACUUGGCUGCGCGCUGAAACCAAACUUGAGAAGAAGAAGAAGCUACCAAUUCAACCUCCAUCCAACAAUCAGAAGAUUGUUUCUCCUUUCGGUUCGUCUCCUUUCAUGUCUUCCAGACAUAUGGCUUAUUAUCGUUAG